GUCGCUCUUCGGCUGAAGAAUAACGUGUUUCGUGCAUCGCUGUGAUGCCGUCGGAUGCGAGCAUCUGGUACAUGUGAGCUGGUUUUGAGACUCUUGUGUACACGUGCAGCCGCCUGUCCCUUGGCUGGAGGAAGAGGGAGGAGGAGGGUGCAUCAGGUUCGUGUCCAUUCCUGCACGCUGCAUCUGGACUCUGGCGCCAGGGAGUGUGGGGGGGCACUAGGGCCAGGUGGCUGGCCGAGGGACAACAUGAGCGUUCCGCUCCUGAAAAUUGGCGCGGUGCUCAGCACCAUGGCCAUGGUCACCAACUGGAUGUCCCAGACGCUGCCCUCGCUGGUGGGGCUUAACGGAACCACCAUCUCCCGCGCAGGCACUUCGGAAAGGAUCGUCAGUGCCUUGUAUCCGAGCCCAGAGGAGGGCUGGCAGAUCUACAGCUCGGCACAGGAUGCAGAUGGGAAAUGUAUCUGCACAGUUGUGGCUCCAGCACAGAACAUGUGUAAUCGAGACCCACGCAGCAGACAGCUCCGUCAGCUUAUGGAGAAGGUUCAGAAUAUUACUCAAUCCAUGGAGGUGCUAGAUCUGAGGACGUACAGAGACCUGCAGUAUGUGAGAGACACAGAGAACCUCAUGAAAACAGUGGACGGCAAACUGAAGACUGCCUCUGAAAAUCCACGCAGCCUCAACCCCAAGAGUUUUCAGGAGUUAAAGGACAAGGUUACUCAGCUGCUUCCCCUGCUGCCAGUGCUGGAGCAGUACAAGGCAGAUGCAAGAAUGAUCCUUCGGCUGAGGGAGGAGGUGAGGAAUCUGUCCCUGGUACUAAUGUCAAUUCAAGAGGAGAUGGGAGCCUAUGACUACGAGGAGCUCAGGCAGCGAGUGCUACUGCUGGAGACUCGCCUGCACUCCUGCAUGCAGAAACUCGGUUGCGGGAAGCUAACUGGCGUCAGUAACCCCAUCACUGUCCGCGCCUCAGGGUCAAGGUUCGGCUCCUGGAUGACUGACGCAAUGAUCCCCAGCUCCGAUAAUAGGGUAUGGUCAAUGGACGGUUACUUUAAGGGACGCCGUGUGCUGGAGUAUCGCACAAUGAAUGACUUCAUGAAGGGCCAGAACUUUGUGCAGCAUCUCCUGCCCCACCCUUGGGCUGGUACGGGUCACGUGGUGUACAAUGGUUCCCUCUACUACAACAAAUACCAGAGUAACAUAAUCAUCAAGUAUCACUUCCGAUCCCGAAGCAUCCUGGUGCAGCGCAGCCUUAGCGGCGCGGGCUACAACAAUACCUUUCCCUACUCCUGGGGUGGAUCAUCUGACAUCGACCUCAUGGCCGAUGAGAACGGGCUAUGGGCCGUCUACACCACCAUUCCCAAUGCUGGAAACAUCGUCAUUAGCCGUCUGGAGCCACAAAGCCUAGAAGUGCUUCAGACGUGGGACACAGGCUUCCCUAAACGGAGCGCUGGCGAGUCGUUCAUGAUCUGCGGCACACUCUACGUCACUAACUCCCACCUGGCCGGUGCUAAGAUCUUCUUUGCAUACUACACCAACACCUCAACCUAUGAGUACACAGACAUCCCCUUCCAUAACCAAUACUCCCACAUUUCCAUGAUGGACUAUAACCCCCGAGAAAGAGUGCUCUACACUUGGAACAACGGACAUCAAGUCCUCUACAAUGUCACAUUGUUCCAGGUCAUCAAAACCUCUGAGGACUAGGUCACGCAGACCUUACAAACACAUCUGCUUAUACACAAAUGUACACACACUGAUACACCCACACAAAUCACACACAUUUAUGUGGAGGAGGAGAUGACUAAAGCUUGGACUUUUUUACUGCAUUCCAAACUUCAUAGAGUGCUAUUAUUCAUCUAAUGUUCUGAGGAGAGCAAGAUUGGUACUGGUAUACGGACUUAGCCUUUAUUUUCUUUCCUGUGAUGAUUCAGCAUGAGUACUUUCUUUUUAUUUGUGGAAAAAGAAUAAAUAAACAUCAAACUUUACCAUUUUCAAGUUUCACCUUUUUCUUUUACCCCACAGAUGCCAAUGGUUAAUAAUGGCUGCAUACUGUAAUGAAAAGUUUGAGUAAAUGCUUAUUCGCAGAGUAUUCUUUGUGAAAUCUUUCACAAAGCCUUUAUCUAAACUCCAGUUGUAAUAUAACUAGAGAUGUGCCGCAGCAGGGUUGAGCCAAGUUCCUCUUGACUGCCUCAGGAAGUGAAUCCAGCUCCUGUUUGGUGUCAGCCAUCCUGAGGAGAGACGUCAGUCAGGCGGAGCUCCGUGACAUGAAGGGCUGAAAGGUGAGGUGGCAGCGGAGAAGAAAUGGGAGACAGUGGAAGAAGGAAAAAAAACAAAACAACAGUAUUCAGUCGGACAGAUGAGGCCCCGGGCUACAGUGAUGCCUGCUGCUGCUGUUGUUGUUUGCACUUGCCAAGUUACAAUCUGUUUCCAUGUCUCUUUCGAGGCAUGCCUCCUCAGCAGGCUGUGUAAAAAUAUUAAACCGUGGGGUUGUCCAACUACUUGUUAAAUGUGUUCUUUAUUUAAUUUGAGUUAAGACCAAAGUAUACUUCCCUUGUCCGCAUUCUUCUUC